AUGUCUCCCUUAUUUUCGUUUCAUUCUUUCUUCACAUUAUCUUUAUACGGGCGAUUUUUGCCAUGUCUCUCUUUUUUUUUUUUUUUGGUUUCUUUCUUUCUCCAGGUUUUUUACUUACCAAAUAUAUGUUUAUUAUUUCUUUCUAAUUAUUUUACCAUUUUCUUUCCUUUUGUGAUUCUUUUUAGCUUUUUUUCUGACAUUCUCACCUUCAUUCACUCUUUCCUUCCAGAUAUUUUCUAUGCUUUAUAUUUUUGUUUUUGCUUUCUUUCCUUCCUUCUUUAUUCACAAUUGUGCAUUCUAAAUCUCUUUCAAUGUUUUUCUCCCUUUUCUCCUAAUAUUUUCUGCCAUGUUUUUCUUUCAUUAUUUUUUGUGUUUACAUAUCAUUCACUCUUUCCAAUUAUUUUUACUAUAUUCUUUCUUUCUUUCUUUCUUUUUUCCUUUAUUUCUUUCUCCAUAGGUAUCUUUCUCUCUUUCGUUUUUUGCAUCCCAAAUAUUGCUUUCGUUCUAUUUUCUUUCUUUCUUUCUUUUUUUCUUUCUUUCUUUCUUUCUUUAUUUAUUUAUUCUUCCUUUCUUCCUUUUUUUGCUUCCCAAAUAUUGCUUUCGUUCGAUUAUCUUUCCUUCUUUUUCUUUUUUUAUUUCUUCCUUCCUUUCUUUCUUUCUUUUUUCUUUCUUUCAUUCGUUCUGUUUGUCUGUCUGUCUCUCUUUCUCUCUUCCGUUUUUUCAUCCCAAAUAUUGCUUUUGUUCUAUUUUCUUUCUUUCUUUCUUUCUUUCUUUCUUUCUUUCUUUCUUUCUUUCUUUCUUUUGCUUCCCAGAUAUUGCUUUUGUCCGAUAAUCUUUCUUUCUUUCUUUCUUUCUUUCUAUCUUUCUUUCUUUCUUUCUUUCUUUCUUUCUUUCUUUCUAUAUUUAUUUAUUUUUUCUUUCUCUCUUUCUCUCUUUUAA